AUGUUCUGCAAUCACUGCCCCGAAGUUAUUACUGACUACUUGAACAGUUUUGGUGACGCCGUGGUGAUCCAGGAUCCAAUCACUCUCAAAAGACCUUUCAUAAAAUUCACAUACGUGCCCAACUUGGAGAAAAAUAUCAACUUGAGACGGUUCUUAUUCGAUUUGAACCAUAUUCAUCCUACAGACGAUGAACCUGGCUACAAAAUUGUGCCUGAAGAAGAAGGUUCGUUUGACUGCACUUACAUCGAACAGGUUUCCGUGGACGAGCACUUGCGGAAAUUGACCAGAAAGGAAACCAGAAGAAUCAUAGUUCGUCUUAUAUUGGCUACAGUAACUGCUAUUCCCACAUUGAUUUUCGGGGUGAUUGCUAUGUCUCUUUUGCCAAAAUCGAGCUCGUUUAGAAAGUGGAUAGAAGAACCAAUAUGGGCGGGCAAUGUCUCGAGAGUUGUGUGGAUUUUACUAAUCAUAAGUACACCUGUGUAUCUCUUUGCAGCAGACAUCUUUCACCAAAAGGCUUUUAAAGAGUUGAAAUCGUUGUGGCUUUACAAAAACUCUUGGAAGAAAAGAUUGUUUCGCUUUGGGUCCAUGAACCUACUCAUGUGUCUUGGUACAUCUAUUGCCUACUUUGCAAGCAUAGCAUUGCUUAUCCUCAGUUCCCAGCAGAAGAAGCAUACCGAUAUGGGACUUCAUACCACGUAUUUCGAUUCAGUGGUCUUCUUGACAUUCUUCCUUUUGAUCGGCCGGUUAUUGGAAAGUUACUCCAAGAGCAAAACCGCAGAUGCCAUUUCACAGCUCAGUACAUUCAAAGCGUCUGAGGCCACGUUGGUUCAUCUUCGGUCCAAAGAAGAGCAACCACAAGUAUUUGAAAAAGACCAAAAAGUUGAUGUCAAGCUACUUGAGAUAGACGAUUAUAUCCGCAUAUCCUCCGGUGAAUCUCCUCCAGUGGACUGUGUCAUAGUUUCUGGCGAGUCUUCCUUUGACGAGUCGGCUUUGACCGGCGAGUCUGUCCCGGUGAAGCAUACUGUUGGACACCAAGUCUUCUCUGGAACCGUCAAUGUGGGCCACCAUUCAGUGGUUGCAAAAAUCUCCAGUCUAGAAGGAGAUUCUUUGAUCGACCAAAUCGUGGAUACUGUUCGAAAUGGACAGUUGAGAAAGGCUCCAAUUGAAAAAUUGGCUGAUAAGCUCACUGGCUACUUUGUCCCUAUCAUUACUCUCUUGGCUCUUGUAACAUGGAUCAUCUGGUUGGCGCUUGGAUUUUCCGGCGCUUUACCUCCACAAUACUUGGACAUCGAUAUCGGAGGAUGGACGGUAUGGUCUUUGGAAUUUGCAAUUGCAGUAUUUGUCAUUGCUUGUCCCUGUGGUAUUGGUCUUGCUGCACCAACUGCGUUGUUUGUUGGAUCUGGUUUGGCUGCUAACCACGGAAUUCUUGCGAAAGGAGGAGGUGUUGCGUUCCAAGACGGCGCUAAUGUGAAUGUUGUGUGCUUUGAUAAAACAGGAACGUUGACAAAUGGUAAACUCGAAGUCACCGACCAUGAGUAUGUUUGUGACGACCCGUUUUUGAGAAAGGUGGGACUUCAACUCAGCAGAGAUUUGGAGCUUUCUUCCAGUCACCCAAUUGCAGAAGCAGUUACGGCGUUUGCUGACUUGAAUGCGGACCACCUGUUUGCAGCCAACAAAACUCCACAAGUGGAAAAUAUUCCCGGCAAAGGAUUGAGAGCCAAGAUUAGAUUGGAUUCCAACGAUUCUUCAGAGUGGAAGAAGUUUGAGUCUAGUGAGGCAAUUCUUGGUAACGAGCUGUUAUUCAGAGAGCUCAAUGUGAAUAUAAGUUCUGUAUCAGCCAAGCUUGAGAAUUGGAAGUCAGACAGAAAAUCUAUUGUUCUUGUUGGGUUGGUUUGUGAACUGGUAUUUGGAGACAGUCUGUAUCACUUGUUGUUGGCCAUGGCAUGUCGUGACGAUAUUAGACCCGAAACAAAAGCAGUAAUCAAGUACUUACAAGAAAAACGAGGCAUUGAGUGUUGGAUGAUUUCAGGCGAUAACAGGACAACAGCAGAAGCCAUUGGAGGAGAAAUCGGAAUCAUUGCCGACCAUAUAAUUAGUGAAGUUGUUCCCCAUGAUAAGGAAGCCAAAAUCAAGCAAAUUCAGCAAGAUCGUCUGAAGGUUGUUGCUAUGGUUGGAGACGGAAUCAACGAUGCACCGUCAUUGGCGGCUGCUCAAGUUGGCAUUGCGUUAUCUUCAGGAGCUGAUUUGGCAGUGACUUCGAGUGAUUUCAUCUUGCUUUCGAAACACAGACCAUUGGAAGCGCUUGUCACCUUAUUGGAUUUGUCGAAAGUUGUGUUCAAUCGAGUUAAAUUCAACUUUUGCUGGGCGUUGGUGUACAAUAUUGUUGGUAUCCCCAUUGCUGCGGGAGUAAUAUACCCAUACCACCAGUCGAGGCUCAGUCCAGUGUGGGCCAGUGCUGCCAUGGCGGCGUCGUCUGUGAGUGUGGUGAUGAGCAGCUUGGCAUUGAAGCUCUGGAGACCCAAGAAAUGGUAG